AUGGCGCUCAUGAUGGCAAGAAUUGUGAAACCGACGGUAAGACCGACUAUGAGCCCGACUGGAUUGAACUGCUUGGAGGAGGAUGAGGAGGACGAGGAGGAGCUGGGCAAUGAUGAGGGUGGUAAAGAGAAGAUGGUGGAAAUGGUAGCGGUGGUUGUUGUUGGCGAGGGUAAAGGUGUCGUGGGUAUGACGACAGUAACGGUCCGGGAAGUCGACAGAUUUGAGAAGAUUGCGACAUUCGUGGAGUAUGGUCGUGGUGUUGGCUCUGGUGUUACCACAGGCCUGUUGGACGAUGUCGAAAGCACUGGCCUAUUGCCCAAAGGGCAAGCAUUCGAUAACCCGCAAGGGUCGAUAGAACAACAGCCCACGAAUCUAUUUGCUGCGCAGGCGUAG